AUGUCCACAAAUUUUCUUGGAUCCCCAAAUAUACUGAAACCCUUCUUUUCUAUCAGAUUCUCAGCCGUUCCUAUGGCUACUUUUGUACAAUCCUCAAGAACAGAGACUCCUCAGACAAAUCCAGACAGAACCCAAGUUGAAGAUGAUGCGUUUAAUAAAUAUGCAAGACAGUGCAGACCCAUGUUUUCUGAUCUCGUUUCUUGCGUGCCCAUCUCAGAAAAAAAGUCAGAGACUCUCCACACGCCUAAUGUUUUGGAUGAAACUGGUGGUGAAGAAGAUGAACAAGAAGAUAAUUUAUGGCAGCAGAUGAAAAUUGAGGCAAGGUCAGAUAUUGAUCGAGAACCCAUAUUGUGCAACUAUUAUUUCAGUUCACUCUUGUCUCAUGAUUCAAUGGAAAGUGCUUUGGCUAAUCAUCUUUCCAUGAAGUUGAGUGAUUCUAGCUUGCCCAGCGGUACACUGUAUGAUCUUUUUGUGGGUUUUCUUAUAGAGGAUCAAGAAAUCGUGAUUGCUGUUAAAGAUGAUUUGAGGGCUGUUAAAGAAAGGGACCCUGCUUGUAUAAGUUAUGUUCACUGUUUCUUGAAUUUCAAAGGGUUUUUAGCAUGCCAGGCACAUAGGUUUGCACAUAAGUUAUGGUCACAAGGGAGAAAAAUUCUUGCCCUUUUGAUACAAAGCAGAGUAUCUGAAGUUUUUGCAGUGGAUAUUCAUCCUGGGGCCAAAAUUGGAAGGGGGAUUUUGCUAGAUCAUGCUACAGGAGUUGUAAUAGGAGAAACAGCAGUGAUUGGAAAUAAUGUGUCAAUUUUGCACAAUGUGACUCUGGGUGGCACUGGGAAGGUUAGUGGAGACAGGCAUCCUAAAAUUGGUGAUGGGGUUUUGAUUGGAGCAGGGACUUGUGUACUGGGUAAUGUUAGAAUUGAAGAUGGAGCCAAAAUUGGUGCUGGUUCUGUGGUGUUGAAACAGGUGCCUGCUAGAACUACUGCCGUAGGAAAUCCUGCUAGAUUGAUUGGUGGGAAAGAGAAUCCAAUUAAGCUGGAUAAAUUUCCUAGCUUGACCAUGGAUCAUACAUCAGAUAUAUCCAAGUGGUCUGAUUAUGUUAUUUAG